AGAAGCCGCAACUUCCAUGGUUACGGUUCUUUUGACGCGACUUCCAUCUUCCCCUUCUAAUCUAAUGCCAUCUUUAUUCCGCCUGAACGCUCUUUGUUCUUGAAAUGGACAACCGAGUCUUUAAACCGAUGUUUUGGACCUCACUUGACAAAUGGCACCCAUAUAUUAUGGAAACAAUUAACAAUUUACUCGAUGUGCCUACGUUGAAGAUUGUAACAAGUAGGCAAACAAGUCUUUACUGCUUGCCUCUCCCGCAAAUGUUGGAUUUUGAGACACAGCGGCCUUGUAUGAUCACCGCCAUUCUUUACUGGGAGUACUGACUGUGUUUAACAAAGUGUUAAAUCCCCUCAUCCUUGAUAGGGGAUUAUCUGAAAGAAUGAUGCAUAGUCAAUAGGAAAACAUAUUGGGAAUUUUAUAUUUAUUUAUUCUUUUUUUCCCCUCCUUUUUGGAGAAAAGUUCAAUUGUUCCACUGUACUUGGGUGAAGUGGUGUGGCAGAUGCAUUUGAUUACUUGAACUUGGGAAUUUUGGUGUUUAGUAGGAGAGCUUUUUAUCUGUUACGGCUAGGUUGUAUUAGUUGGUAUUUUGGAUGGUUUUAUUGGUUGGUCUAGGGCAAUUUUCAUAUUUGGCUUUGCAGAGCUAUUAAUUGCAAAUGGCUAUUGAAGUGUAAAGUUUGAAGUAGAUUGAACUUUUUUUUAAUCAGACAAUUUUGGUACUAAUUUAUAGGAUUCUGAGCUUUUGAUGAACGUUUAUCAGUUGGAUUCACAUUGUUAUCAUUAGUUGCUACCUGAGUUAAGUUUAUUCUGAAGCUUGAUUAGUUGGUCUGUAUUUUAUCAGACAAUAUGGAUGUUGAUAAGUUAUAUCUCGAUCUCCUGGCACUGAGGGAAUUAUACAUCCUUCUCUUGAAGAGUUGUUUGGGAGAUGCAAAUUCCGAACUUCUGGAUGAAAGGGCUCAGAUUCUGUUGAAGCAUCUGCUUGAUGAUGCUACUGCAGGAGUUCUGGAGUUUCUCUCAAAUGACUUGGCAACAAACUCUAACAUUUUCGACAAUUUUCUACACAAAGACGACAAACAGGUAAAGCCACUGGCCGAUAAAGUUCCUGAAUGGAUGAAACAUAAUCAAACUAGAAGAAAGAUGGGAAAUCCAGAGAUUAGGGAUAGAGCUUCAGCUUCAAAUGUUGCCAUUAAUAACUUAUCACAUAGCAUCAGUUCAGCACUCAGAAGAAUUGAACUCCACAUUUUGUCCCUGCAACAUUGCACUAGUCAAAGAAGGAAAACAAGAUGCCAUUGGCAGUCUGUUCUCCAAUGGAAUGAGUCAUUAAACCAACAGAAUGUUCACCCAAGGACAGGUCCGUCAACUUUAAGAAGCCGGUUUACUAAGCCGAUUAAAGGAAGAGGCCAUUUUGUUGGUGAACAGAAGAAAGUUAAGCCGAAAACGGCGAACCAUUGUUCCGAGUAUGUUCAUGGAUUUAGAAUACCUCUGAGUCAAACCAAUGAUGAGGCCAUGAAACCUCUAACCAUUGAAACCCAUAUAACUAAACAACACAAAGUUGUAAAUCCAAUGACUUUGAUAGAUAAAUCUGGAUAUACUUCAGUAGGAUCCAAGGCAACCUUCAGGCCUGCUAUGAAACUGAAUCAAACUAGUAAACAGCAAGCAAAGAGGAACCAAAAUUCAUAUGGUCAAAUGGUAAUGGGGCCAACUUUGCUAGAUCAUCAUCCCUCCAAAGAAACAAGAAAUGAACGAAUUAAUAGCAAGACCCAUCUGGCUGCUACACAGCAAGAAUCAGAAUUCACAAGCUCGGAAUUUCAAUCAGCUUCAUCUUCUUCUUCAAGUUGGACAACUCAAGAAACAAGCGUAAGUGAAACUGUUGCCAAUGACGGCGACAGCAACCCUUCUUCCCCAAGUCACCAAGAUGAUCCAUUGUCAACCGAUUCAAAAUCAAGUAGCUUGACGAAAACAUUCUACAUCAAGCAGGGGAAAACAGAGUCGAAGAAAGUACUAGGACGGUUCAAGAGACUCAAAAACAAACUUGGCGUUGUCUUUCACCACCACCAUCAUCACCACCACCAUCACCAUAACAGCAAUAACUUCAUGUGGAAGCAGCAGCUAAGGAAGAUCUUCCAUAGCAGAGAUAACAAAAGAUUAUUAGUAAGUAAAGAAGAUGGAAAUGAGAAGGUAAAGAAGAGAGCCAUUAGAAAUGUGUGUUACAAGAACCAAGUUGGGAAAUUUCAGGCACUUGCAGAAGGGCUAAGAAGCCAUGUAUGGAGAUCAAAAGCCAUGAAAAGGAAAGGGGUUAAGGGGAUGAAAUGUGGGAAGAAGGGUGUGAAGAAAUUGCAUUGGUGGAAAAUGUUUCGUAAUAGGCGUGGAGUGAGAUUGCCCAAUAAAGGGCAUAUGAAAAUAGGGUAUGUAAAUAAAAAAGCAAAGCUUUAGAAUACAUGGGACAAUUUUGUUAUGUUUCUCUUUCUACAAAGCCAAGAUGGGAUUUUUAUGCUUCCCUAUGGAGCUUGAUUCAACAUUUUUGUCGAGAAAUAUUGUGUGUAUAGUGGACAAGAAUAUCAAAGUUUCAAAUUUUUUAUGGAGAUUUCUACAGAAAUUAAGAAA